AUGUGUCAACACGACACACCUCGUCUCAGGCUGGAUACCCUGUGGGAGGAGGUGGUUCAUGAGCGAGACAUCGCCCUGUUGCGGGAGGAUGAGGUAACUGAUGAGGCCCUUAAGAAACAUCAAAUCCAGCGUAUCCAGUGUGACUUUGAGAGACUUGACGAUGAACGUGCGAACCUGAGUCUAAAACCGCCUAUUCUUUUUCAUCCACCCCCCGCUGAAGUACUUGAACGCCAUCCCGUGGACGUGGAGGCGAUCGGUAAUGCCCGAGAACAAGAAGAACACAUGCAAUUUCGAGACUACAACCCCCCUACAGACCCUGAAGAGUUUGAUCGUGGUUAUUGGACCCCUGUGCACUGUGCAAGAGAGGUCUCUCAGUACCUUAAGGCUCUGGUCUUUGGUUUUCCAAGGAUUGAUGUACCACAAACCCUUGUUGAAAAGUGCAAGAUGACUUCAGUCAGCCUCCCGAACCCUCUUCUGUCCGUGAUUAGAGGAUUGGAUGGCUAUAUUCCCGAGCACCACAAGCAGUACUGGGCCACUACACUGGUGUUAGAAUAUGAGAUGGAGAAUGACAUGCUCGUUCACCCUCAUGUUAUUCUUAUGACAGUGCAAUCUUGCAAUGGCAAAGAUGGUUCCAUGUUACUUGGAGUGCUAGCCCCGAUCAUCGCAGCAAUGCGAAAUCGUGCCAACCAACCCAAGGUCGAUGAGGACGGAGAAGAGCUUCUCCCCCGACAACUGGAAUUCGAGAAAGAAGAGAGAUUUCCAGUCUUAAUGGUCUCUCUCUUGGGCCCUCAGCAUGGACGGCUGUUCUACGUUUGUAUGGAUGGUGGAAACUUGAUGAUCAGACAAUCGGAUCUUUUUUUAGUUUUGAAAGAAAGGACAGCGCGCCCUGGGACUUAUUCUUGCGAGUGA